UCAGAUAUAGCUGCGCGUGCAGAAAGCUAUACAACAUGGCGCUGAGAACGCUCCUCCUGUGCGGUGUGGUUGUACUGGCAUUCACCAAUCCAGUGUCCAGCGGACUGUCUCUAUCGUCACUUUCGAACAGAGUCGACCGUUUGGAAGCUUUAUCUGCAGACGGCCUUUUCCCGGGGAAUAACGUGUCCUAUUCUGCAGACAUCAAGUCAUGCCCGUCAGAGUUCUACAUGCACCGCCCCACUUUUGCCUGUUACCGGAUUAUGAAGGAAGUAAAGUCGUGGUACGAGGCCCGAGAGGAAUGCCACACCCAGGGGGCUGACCUGAUCUGGUACGAGAACCCGGUCGAGUAUAGACACGUGGUCAUCAAACUCCUCACCUCUCUCACAGAGUCGAAAGAUUACAACAACGCAGGCUACUGGUCAGGGGCUAAUGACAUCACUGGAGGACCUCUGGUGUGGGGUGACACCGACAUGCCGGUGAUGAGCAGCUUCUUCAGUAAUUCCCAGUCCUCCUCCACCUUCUACCGUUACGGCCGUCAGUCGUCUAGCUCGACCGAGAACGCCCAGAAGCAUUGUGUGUUCAUGAAGUAUCAGCGCUCGACGAUGAAAAUGACACAGGAGCUGAGUGAAUGUGACGGCGGAAGGCUGUAUAUUUGCAAGUGUAAGACAAAAGGCAGGGGGCAGUGUGUCCCGCCUUCAACAUUAGACUAAAGUUCUGCUUUGACUUAGAGAGGUACAAGACUACAAGCCUUCGUACAUGUUUUCGUCCGAAAAGCCGACACGAUGUGGAGUCAAUUUCUCCUUUCUCUAAAAUGACAUGAUAUUAUACUGGCCGAGUACCUGUGUGUCGAAGGGCCUUGUCUUCAGGGUGACUAGAGCCCUAACUUUCUAAAAUUCAAAGAAACUCAAUUUUUCGUGUUCCUAAAAUUAACCAGCUCUACAUAUUUUUACCAUUCUUUUUCACUAUACAUCAUACCUAAUGAAACUAUGAAAUAAAGCAUUAUAUUUGAAGAAAAAGAAGCUCAUACCUGAUUAAACCAAUGAAGUAUUAUACAUGCGGUUGACAAAUUAAAGGAAUAUACCUGAUCAAAUCAAAAAAGUAUUAUACAUGCGGUUGACGAAUUAAAGGAAUAUACCUGAUUAAAUCAAAAAAGUAUUAUACAUACUGUUGACAAAUUAAAGGAAUAUACCUGAUUAAAUCAAUGAAGUAUUAUACAUGCGGUUGAGAAAUUAAAGGAAUGUAUCUGAACAAAUCAAUAAAGUGUUAUACAUGCGGUUGACAAAUUAAAGGGAUAUACCUGAUCAAAUCAAAAAAGAAGAAUUAUACAUGCGGUUGAAAUAUACCUGAUCAAAGGAAACAUUCUAUAUAUAUCAACAAAUGCAUAAACUGCGUAUUGCCUUAUUUACAGAUAUGAUCUGUAAUAACUUAUUUGUUGAUAGCAACACGCCAGCAUCGAUAGCUGAAAGGUACAGUAGCUUGCCUCUUCAUGUUGUUGACCAUACAGGAUCUUAGUAAAGACCAAAGGAAAAUGGUACUUGUUGCUGUCUCGCUUGAGGCUCAGCACUGAGAGGUAAGAGAAAGGAAACAUUCGGUGUCAGUAUAAUGUGCCUGGGUGGGCUGUCAUGUCUGGUAUCUUUAGUGGCAGCAGCAUUUUGGCGGCAUGAACUCGCCACAAGAAGACACAUUAUAUGUACACGCACCUAACGACACAACGUCGUCACAUGACUGAAAAACUAUCAAGUACGACGUGAAGCCCAAGCAUACAUACAUAUUCAUACAUUUUGUUGAAAUAAGAAAUGUACUUAUUUCAAAAACCAUAGGGUCGAAAACACAUCUACUUUCAUUAUUGUACCUUUUUGUUAAAGGUGAGUUUAAAGGGAAUGCAAUGUCUUAUUAAUUAAACUAGCUGGUUGUGCUGUCACAUCGUGGUCUUCAUUUAACUUCUGAAGCAAAACUAGAUUCCUAGAUUAUAAACACAAUUUAUAAAUUGCUGAAACACUGAGAUUUUGCUUAUAACAUGACAUGUAUAGAUAUAGAAUUCCGCUUCAAGUAAAAUAUACCUGACCGCACUUUUGUGUCGUGAUGCAGACUUACCUUCAUUACCCAUGUAUCGGUAUAGUACAGACAAAGGCAAAGUCCGAGUAUCACAUCGUGCGUACUCAUACAUGAAGUUAUUAACAUCUAACCAGAACUGAUACAAUUUUGAACACUCUAUGAAAUAACGAGUUACAUUUCCGCUACAUGACACAAAGGGUUGUCUUUGAUUAUCCGUCUUGCGUGUAAAUACUUGUUGCACGGUAAAUAAUAAUUUGUACUGAAGUUGUUUUAUUUCAUUUUCAAUAGGUACAGUUCGUGGGAUAUUCCAUAUUCAACUUACUAUAAGCGACAUUAUCCUGGCUUUUCGUAAGCUGUAAAAUAGUACUAGUGUAUCCAAAUUAAUAGGAGAAAAUGAGCAUUGUCUAAAGAGAAGUCAUUUACCGAUAGGGUUUCAUUUAGUUGUCUAAUGGUCAUGUCAUUAAUAUGGACAUUUGAACCGAUAUAGUUCGCUACUGCUGUAACAAUGUCGUAAUAUUCUUUAGAUUUGCACAGAACGCGGUUAAAGUCUUGAACCUUCCAUUGCAGUCAUAAAUAUCUUGAGCAAAAUCGGAUUUUGGCCUUAUACCACGCUUUAUUAAGGAAUAAUUUUUACCCUUGCAGUAUAUUUUUAAUUUUCCAUAUAAGAUCAUUG